AUGGCCAGCAGCAGUCGCGGGCGGCCGAUCGCGGUCAGCGCGUCUCGGCCCGCUGCUCUUCGGUCACUGCAUGCGAACGGGGCCGCCGCACUGCCCCACUUCCACGACCUGCAUGAAACUGACAAUGACGGUUUCUUGAUCGUUCUAUCCAGUAUAAACUUUAUCACGGCUUUAAUUGCAUUUCUUGCCAUAGGAAAUUCAACUGCAUAUGAGCACCAUUGGUGCGCACACUUUAACACCGAAUCUACAAGCGGUCGUUGCUGCAACAACGAGGAUGCUUUCUCCGCCAGCGAUGCGUACGACCGUGGUUCGAGAUCUGAGAAGGGACCAGCCGACUCACACAUCCUAAUGGAAGGAACCAACGUGACCAGCAGCACCGCGAAACCUGAAACCAUAACGUACCGAAUGACGGUACUAGACAGUUUGCAGAAUGACACCGAGCUCUACAACACGACCUCCGGAAGCGUCAUUAUCGUGGGGCGUAAUGCCAGACAACGAUCCAAGUUUUUCGAGCGGGAUCCGACUUUCACCAACGCCGAGUCGAGGACCUCCGGUUUUCGCAAGGCGAAAAUCAUCCAGGCUAGUGGCGACCCGGCGACGAGUGGCCGGAACCGCGGCUACUCCGACCCAGCACCCGAAUCUCGGAUAGUCAACGAUCCUGAAAGCUAUUUCCCCAUUAAGGGUUUCAUCCCAAUCAUAGGAGUCCCCGAAAAGAAGCCCGACCACCUUCACCGUGGUUCCCAACAUUUUGUGCCCAGCGACUUCUUCGCAUCCGUUGGUCCAAAAAGGAACGGUCCGGUUUCGGCCGAGCCCACGAUGCCUCCAGCCGCUUACUACCCGCGGAAGCAGCAGCAGUCUUCCAACGGCCUCCCACCGAUUGUGCGACCAGACUGGGCCAAUAAACAAGACCAAAAGACUGCCGCAGUUAACUUUCAGCCCCGCCCCGGCAAGCAGCUGGACGAAGGACGCAGACCUUUCGGCAACGCGCUGGGGGCGUCGUAUGUGUCUGGCUCGGACGUGCCCCCGGAGUACCCCGUGGCUCCCGACUUGGCAAUCCCAGAGUGCGUAUGUGUACCCUUCUACCUGUGCAAGGAGGGCUACUUGGCGAACCCCCGACUGGACCAGCCGAGCAGACCAGGUUUCAGUGACCCCGGCCUGCUCAUUCCCAUCGACGAGCGAAGCAACGACAAGGUUGAUGUGCGCAACGGGAGCGUCGUUGAGUCCCGAAUGAGGAGGGACGCCAACGAGAGCGAAGCGGCUUUGGAGGCAGCACCUGCCUACGCGACGGACAUUAUGCAACGUAUGCUGGGCAGAUCCAGCUUCGGCCAGUGCGGCGUCCUGCGUACGUGCUGCAAGCUGCCAAGUUCAGCGCACCGCGGUGGGCCCGUGUUUCAGCCAGGAAUUCAGCCCGAGAUCAUGGCCCAGCUGUUCCCCAAGAAAGCGGCCUUUGGAUCACCGCACAGGAGGCCCGUUCCCAACUUCCCACUGCCAUUUCGGAAGCCAGUGCGCCGUCCCCCGGUGCCCAUCGAUGCCACUUUGCCCUUUCCUGCGCCCUCGGUGGGCGUGCUCGGACCAGUGCUCCCGCCGCAGCAACCGGAGGCGUCGUUCCCGAUAUGCGGAGCCCGAAAUGCGUUCGGCAUCCACGGCCGCGUCAAGAAUCUCCACUACCCGGAGAGCGGUGCAGACUUCGCCGAGUUCCCCUGGCAUGUGGGCAUCAUGAAGAAACUGGCGCCCCAGGAGAGCCUGUACGUGUGCGGUGGGACGCUCGUCGCCAGCCAGUGGGUCGCCACGGCGGCCCACUGCCUCAAGAACCUUCGGCCGCAGGACAUCAAGAUCCGGCUGGGCGAGUGGGACGUGAACCGCGAGGACGAGUUCUACGCGCACGUCGAGAAGCAGGCAGCGCAGGUGGUGGUGCACCCCGAGUUCUUUCCGGGAAACCUGAACAACGACCUGGCGCUCAUCCGGCUCGACUCCCCCGUCGACCUCAAUCUGCCACACAUCGGAGCCGCCUGCCUGCCCGAGCUGCGCGAGACAUUCGAGGGACACCGCUGCUGGGUCACCGGAUGGGGCAAGGACGCCUUCGGUCAGCAGGGUGAGUACCAGCACAUCCUGAAGAAGGUGGACGUGCCUGUAGUGAGCCACGACGAGUGCCAACAGCGGCUGCGCCGUACACGCCUCGGGCCCUACUACCAGUUGCACCCGGGCUUCGUGUGCGCCGGAGGGGAGCCCGGAAAGGACGCUUGCACGGGCGACGGGGGCAGCCCACUGGUGUGCGAGUACAACGGUCUGUGGAAGGCCAUCGGACUCGUCUCGUGGGGCAUCGGCUGCGGACAGGCCGGAGUGCCAGGUGUCUACGUGAACCUGGCGCAGUAUCGCCAAUGGAUAGACGCCGUCAUCACCGGCCUCGGAUGAG